AUGGUCAAGAAUAUUUCGGAAACUGGUAGCGAAAAAGAAUGUCCUACAUUUGUUGCCGAUGAUUAUACUAGGCUAGUAAAAUGCCAAUUGGCUAUAGAUGUUUUGAUGUCUGGUUUCGGUGGUUCAAGUCUGGGGGCGAAGUUAAUGAAUGCAGUAGAAUGGCUAAGUGAAGUUGCCGUUGAUGAGUUCAUGACAGAUUUUGAAAAGUUAACUGAAGUUUUGAAUGCUGCUGAGCUGAAAAAUCGGGUGAAGUAUGGUUAUGAUCAUGAAAAAAAGUACCAAGAGUUAUCAUUGGUUUGCGUCCAGCUAGUUAUUCAAAAUUUAAGACGAAUAAACCUAUCGCAUGAUAUGAAGCCAGCAACUACGUCUGAUAAUUAA